AUGACACGUUUCAGAUCACCUAUAGCCGUCCUCUCUGUGUGCGCUGCACUAUCAUAUGGUACCUCCGCAGACGACAACCUCAUCAUCGACAAGUCAAGCUGUAAAGGCCUUCAACCAGCCGCUCUCAACUCUACAACCCGAGCUUUAAGCAACAGCUUCCAGCUCGGUAUAGAGACCAGUACCUAUAUCCACACGGGACUAUCUGCCGAUGGUGACAAGGGCGCCGUGACGCAGUCCUUCUGGGUCGACACGUCCGACAAGGACCUCUUUUCCACCGACCUCGAGGGUACCGAUGGAUGUUUUUUGAUGUUCUACGACCUGAACGAGGAGUGGUAUGAGAAGUUGGAAGAGCAGGAAUUCGAAUGCCUCACGACUCUCGCGCCGUCCGGGUGUCUAGCAGCGCUUCGGUCCAUGUCGAACCCCCCGAAGGAGUGGAAGGGGGAGGGAAGGGCACCAUGUUCCGAGUUCUAUAAAGACGUCGAGAUUCCAAAUGCGUGUCCGAGUCUGAAGAAUGCCAAAUUUGAAAUCAUCUCAACAAACAACCACACAAAAGACGCAGACACAUCAUCCUGCCACACAGACAGUAACACCUCGGGGUCCCGCUCCACUUUCGUCAGCCUCACCCGCCCCGCCGACGACAGCAAGCGGCGUUUCGAAAACUACGACGCCAUGGCCAAGGAAGCGUACUUCUUCCUUGAGACUUUCUACCAAGUCCCCAACGUGACAGACGGCGGUGCCGUGAAUUACUCGGCCGGGUACACUGUAGCGAGCACGGCAUCGUGCUGGAUCAAUAACAACUUCACACAGGGGUCUCGCGUGCCCGGAACGCCCGUCGAAGAGGACCCGAAGAAUCCGGAGGGAACGGCGCGGCCUGGACAUGGAAGCGGAGGCCAGAAUGGCGCUGGGGUCGUUGGGGCUUCGUCGUUGGCUUGGGCGGUGGUUGUUGCUGGGUAUUUGCUUGCGUUGUAG